ACCUCGCUCCACACUACAGUACUCUGCAGAAUUUGCCCAAAAAACUUGUGUUGCUCUGCUUCAGUUCUCGAUUUAGGGGAAAAUAAGGCUUUCUUCUUGUGUGAGGUUCAUGUCUCGUUGUUUGGUGAUCAUUUAACCAAAUUUUGAUUCCAUAUGGCUGCCACAUGAAACAGAAAUUCCCAAACAAAUACUGGUUGAUGAUUUGCCAGUAUGAGUAAGUUGUUAGAGUUUGGGAGGAGGAUGCUAUUUUAUGUCCGGGUGAUGUCAGGGUAUGAAGAACGAAAAAUCCGAAACUUUAGGCACCGGCUUGAGAAUCAUCUCCAACAGGCACAAGCAAGGAAGGCAGCCAUAAAUAAAGUACCUGAGCAGAUUAUUUUAUCUGAGGUUCGUCGCAUGAUUCAAGACAUGCAAGCUUUGAACAAGCAACUAGAACAAGCAGAGGCAACCAUUGAAGAAUAUUUCAAGCCUCUUGACAAGGAAGCGGAGGCUGUAAUGAAAAUGCAACUAGAAGGUGAAGAGAGAAGCUCAAAUAUGAUGAUAGAAGCACUGCAGCAACAUGCUGCACUGAAACAAGCCAAAACAGAAAAAAUUGCAAACAUGCAACAAAUAGACCAAUCGGAAAUCAACCCGCAGGAAGCCGAGAUUUUGACGAAACUUAUAGGAGGAGACGAGAAAUCCUUAAAGGAGAUGAUGGAAUCAUUGCAGCAAGAACUUGUGCUUGAGAAAGCUAAUGCAGGUGAUAGUGGAAGUGUGCAUGAAGUAGACAGUUCCCGUGGCAACACUAAGUAAUCUGAAUUAAAUUUUGAAAUUUGAAAUGCUUUUUUUGGCUUGGCUGUUGAAAAUAUUGAUCAUCCUUGGGGAAUUGAAUUAAAUCAAGGCAGAACUAGGGCAGAUUUGUAGUUUAUUUGUAUUACUUUGUUGGAAUAUUUGAAUAAAAAUUACGUCUUAUAUGUUAUGGUCAUGUGAGCUUGUUUGUGAGCUAUGGUUAAAUAAUAGAUUAUCUUGUAUGUUUGCCUUGCUA